UUGCAGUUCCCUGCGCUCAGCCAUUCUCCACAGCCCGAAGUUACGACCACACCAUAAAGAGAGAGAGAAAACGUGAGAGGGAGGGAGAGAAGAAAAAAGAAAAGUCGUUAAAGGCAAAGAAAGUUAUCCAAAAACACAACUCGGACAGCAUCGGACGGUUGGGACAGAAAACUUUUCGCGGCUGUGGCAGAAAGGCAUGUGCGACGGAGGAUGCUUAUGCCAAGGUGUUAAACCUUUUUGGAAGCAGUGAACUGCUCCCAGAAAACAGAACAGAGGUGUGGCUGAGGAGGGUGUCCGGUAGUGCUUGAGCACCCGUCCUUGGACUUCUUGCCAGGAAUUUUUCAAAUCCAUGAAAAAGUACGUUGGUUGAGAGGGAGAUUGGGAGACUGUUCUGGCAUUCUGACAAAAUAUGCUUGAGACAGGAGAGGAAUAACAAGCCACCCCUACACUUGCUGGGAGGGACAGAUACUAGGACUGAGACAGCCCAGUCCAGUGGAGAACUCAAGGGGAAACAGUGGAGAGCUCAAGGAUUUGAAAUGGCUGACGAAGAAGACACACGAGAAGUGCUCUUCCCUCAGUGGAUGGGCCCUGAUAAACAUGGGCUUACAAUAGAGCAAAAGGGUCAUGGAGAGAUUUUUGUCAAGGAAGUGAAAGAAGAAUCUCCUGCUGCUCAUACUGGGAGAGUAUUUGAAGGUGAUCAAAUUGUUGGUGCCACAAUCUACUUUGAGAAUAUGAGCUCAGAAGAAACAGCAGAUUUAUUGAAGACUCUUAACAGACACAAAGUUGGACUAAAACUACAGCACAAGACUGGAGACAAAUCACCUUGUCACUCUCCCAAGGGCACAUUGUCAUGGGAACCACGAAGUGGAUUUGGAGGUUCUAGUCCUGAUAUCAUCCUGAGUGGGGAUGACGAGGAGUACAGGAGAAUCUACACUAAGAAAAUUAAGCCCAGACUGAAGUCUGAGGACCUUGCAGAGGGAGUUGAUGUACGUACAGAACGUCACAGCAGUACAAGUAGUGAUGGCAGCACCAUUACAACCAUUACCCGCCGUAUCACUACGUACACUGUGGACAUACCGGGGGGAUCUGGCCAGCAACAGAUUGAUAUUUCAAGCCCAGAAUUCAAAAUGAAUGUUUCAGAGGGUAGCUCUGCUCAAAUUCAAUUGCCUCAUGGAAACAUAAGUAGGGUCAGUGGGCAAGAGGGUUUAGAUCUUGGAGAAGGUAGAUUAAGAGAUCCAGAGGGCUCCUCUGAGAAGCACUGGAGUACAGCACAUGUCAAAACAUCAAUUACAACAAAAGGAACAGAGGGAAGUGUGAGUGAUUUGAGAUUUAAUAUAUAUGACACUGGACUGUCAGCGGUAAAAACACAUGGGGGAGAAGGGUCUUCUGAAUGGAUUCAACAUGAUAAUAGCGUAAGAGGCAAAGGCUCACUCACAUCAGACACAAACACAGGUUAUGCCGAUCUCUCAGUUACACUUGGCAUAGGGGCAGAUAAGGAUCAGGUAAGCAAUAGUGAUAAAAUGUUGAAAAUGAAACGUGAAGUUACUAUUGCAGGGACAGAAGCUGAAAAGGAUAUCAAAGCACCCAAGGUGGACAUUAUAGGUCCAGAGGGAUCAGAAGGAGGAGUUAAGAUGUCAAAAAUAAAAGUGUCAUCAAUUGAAAUUAAGGGUCAAAAGGCUGACAAGAGUGAUGCAGACAUAGGUAUUCCCAAAAGUGAGGUUGACAUCAAAGCAGCAAAAAUAGAAAUCAAGGCUCCUGGUGUUAUAGACCCAAAGCUGAAUUUGACAUCCGUUUCAGGUUCAGAAAUGGCAAAAAUGGAUAUUAAUAUUAAGGGCCCUAAGGUAAAAAGGGAAGUUGAUGUUUCGGUGCCAAAAGUUGAAGGCGAUGUCAAAGCACCUAAAGUGGACAUCAAAGGUCCAGAUGUUGAUAUUGAGGGCCCUGAAGGUGGAUACAAAAUGCCAAAAAUCAAAAUGCCAUCAUUUGGAUUGAAGGGUCCGAAGCUUGAAGGCCCUGAUGUUGAUGUUAGUCUUCCCAAAGGAGAAGUUGAUAUAAAAGGACCAUCAGUAGAUAUCAAGGCACCAGAAGUUGAUAUUGAGGGACCUGAAGGAAAAGUGAAGGGUCAAAAAUUCAAGAUGCCAUCCAUCUCUGGUUCAAAGAUCUCCAUGCCAGAUGUGGAUUUCAACCUUAAAGGCUCUAAAGUGAAAGGGGAAGUUGAUGUUUCAGUGCCAAAAGUUGAAGGGGAUGUCAAAGCACCUAAAGUGGACAUCAGAGGUCCAGAUGUUGAUAUUGAGGGCCCUGAAGGUGGAUACAAAAUGGCAAAAAUCAAAAUGCCAUCAUUUGGAUUGAAGGGUCCGAAGCUUGAAGGCCCUGAUGUUGAUGUUAGUCUUCCCAAAGGAGACAUUGAUAUAAAAGGACCGUCAGUAGAUAUCAAGGCACCAGAAGUUGAUAUUGAGGGACCUGAAGGAAAAGUGAAGGGUCAAAAAUUCAAGAUGCCAUCCAUCUCUGGUCCAAAGAUCUCCAUGCCAGAUGUAGAUUUCAACCUUAAAGGCCCUAAGGUGAAAGGGGAAGUUGAUGUUUCAGUGCCAAAAGUUGAAGGUGACAUCAAAGCACCUAAAGUGGACAUCAAAGGUCCAGAUGUUGAUAUUGAGGGCCCUGAAGGUGGAUACAAAAUGCCAAAAAUCAAAAUGCCAUCAUUUGGAUUGAAGGGUCCGAAGCUUGAAGGCCCUGAUGUUGAUGUUAGUCUUCCCAAAGGAGACGUUGAUAUAAAAGGAUCAUCAGUAGAUAUCAAGGCACCAGAAGUUGAUAUUGAGGGACCUGAAGGAAAAGUGAAGGGUCAAAAAUUCAAGAUGCCAUCCAUCUCUGGUCCAAAGAUCUCCGUGCCAGAUGUCGAUUUCAACCUUAAAGGCCCUAAGGUGAAAGGGGGAGUUGAAGCAUCAGUGCCAAAGCUUGAAGGGGACAUCAAAGCACCUAAAUUGGACAUCAAAGGUCCAGACGUUGAUAUUGAGGGCCCUGAAGGCGGAUUCAAAAUGCCAAAAGUCAAAAUGCCAUCAUUUGGAAUUAAGGGUCCGAAGCUUGAAGGCCCUGAUGUUGAUGUUAGUCUUUCCAAAGGAGACGUUGAUAUAAAAGGACCAUCACUGGAUAUCACGGCACCAGACGUUGAUAUUGAGGGACCUGAUGGAAAAGUGAAAGGUCCAAAAAUCAAGAUGCCGUCAAUUUCUGGUCCCACGAUCUCCAUGCCUGAUGUGGAUUUCAACCUUAAGGGUCCUAAGCUGAAAGGAGAAGUUGAUGUUUCAGUGCCAAAGCUUGAAGGGGACAUCAAAGCACCUAAAGUGGACAUCAAAGGUCCAGAUGUUGAUAUUGAGGGCCCUGAAGGUGGAUACAAAAUGCCAAAAAUCAAAAUGCCAUCAUUUGGAAAUAAGGGGCCGAAGCUUGAAGGUCCUGACGUUGAUUUAAAUCUACCAAAAGCUGAAGUUGACAUAAAAGGACCAUCAGUAGAUAUCAAGGCACCUGAUCUUGACAUUGAGGGACCUGAGGGCAAAGUGAAAGGUCCAAAAUUCAAGAUGCCAUCAAUUUCUGGUCCAAAGAUCUCCAUGCCUGAUGUGGAUUUCAACCUUAAGGGUCCUAAGGUGAAAGGGGAAGUUGAUGUCUCAGUGCCAAAAGUUGAAGGGGACAUCAAAGCACCUAAAGUGGACCUCAAAGGUCCAGAUGUUGAUAUUGAGGGCCCUGAAGGCGGAUUCAAAAUGCCAAAAAUCAAAAUGCCAUCAUUUGGAAUUAAAGGGCCGAAGCUUGAAGGUCCUGAUGUUGAUUUAAAUCUACCAAAAGCUGAAGUUGAAAUAAAAGGACCAUCAGUAGAUAUCAAGGCACCUGAUCUUGACAUUGAGGGACCUGAGGGCAAAGUGAAAGGUCCAAAAUUCAAGAUGCCAUCAAUUUCUGGUCCAAAGAUCUCCAUGCCUGAUGUGGAUUUCAACCUUAAGGGUCCUAAGCUGAAAGGAGAAGUUGAUCUUUCAGUGCCAAAGCUUGAAGGGGACAACAAAGCACCUAAAGUGGACAUCAAAGGUCCAGAUGUUGAUAUUGAGGGCCCUGAAGGUGGAUACAAAAUGCCAAAAAUCAAAAUGCCAUCAUUUGGAAAUAAGGGGCCGAAGCUUGAAGGUCCUGACGUUGAUUUAAAUCUACCAAAAGCUGAAGUUGACAUAAAAGGACCAUCAGUAGAUAUCAAGGCACCUGAUCUUGACAUUGAGGGACCUGAGGGCAAAGUGAAAGGUCCAAAAUUCAAGAUGCCAUCAAUUUCUGGUCCAAAGAUCUCCAUGCCUGAUGUGGAUUUCAACCUUAAGGGUCCUAAGGUGAAAGGGGAAGUUGAUGUCUCAGUGCCAAAAGUUGAAGGGGACAUCAAAGCACCUAAAGUGGACCUCAAAGGUCCAGAUGUUGAUAUUGAGGGCCCUGAAGGCGGAUUCAAAAUGCCAAAAAUCAAAAUGCCAUCAUUUGGAAUUAAAGGGCCGAAGCUUGAAGGUCCUGAUGUUGAUUUAAAUCUACCAAAAGCUGAAGUUGAAAUAAAAGGACCAUCAGUAGAUAUCAAGGCACCUGAUCUUGACAUUGAAGGACCUGAGGGAAAAGUGAAAGGUCCAAAAUUCAAGAUGCCAUCAAUUUCUGGUCCAAAGAUCUCCAUGCCUGAUGUGGAUUUCAACCUUAAGGGUCCUAAGGUGAAAGGAGAAGUUGAUGUCUCAGUGCCAAAGCUUGAAGGUGACAUCAAAGCACCUAAAGUGGACAUCAAAGGUCCAGAUGUUGAUAUUGAGGGCCCUGAAGGCGGAUUCAAAAUGCCAAAAAUCAAAAUGCCAUCAUUUGGAAUUAAGGGGCCGAAGCUUGAAGGUCCUGACGUUGAUUUAAAUCUACCAAAAGCUGAAGUUGACAUAAAAGGACCAUCAGUAGAUAUCAAGGCACCAGAUCUUGACAUUGAAGGACCUGAGGGAAAAGUGAAAGGUCCAAAAUUCAAGAUGCCAUCAAUUUCUGGUCCAAAGAUCUCCAUGCCUGAUGUGGAUUUCAACCUUAAGGGUCCUAAGGUGAAAGGGGAAGUUGAUGUCUCAGUGCCAAAAGUUGAAGGGGACAUCAAAGCACCUAAAGUGGACAUCAUAGGUCCAGAUGUUGAUAUUGAGGGCCCUGAAGGUGGAUUCAAAAUGCCAAAAAUCAAAAUGCCAUCAUUUGGAAUGAAGGGUCCGAAGCUUGAAGGUCCUGACGUUGAUUUAAAUCUACCAAAAGCUGAAGUUGAUAUAAAAGGACCAUCAGUAGAUAUCAAGGCACCAGAUCUUGACAUUGAAGGACCUGAGGGCAAAGUGAAAGGUCCAAAAUUCAAGAUGCCAUCAAUUUCUGGUCCAAAGAUCUCCAUGCCUGAUGUGGAUUUCAACCUUAAGGGUCCUAAGGUGAAAGGGGAAGUUGAUGUCUCAGUGCCAAAAGUUGAAGGGGACAUCAAAGCACCUAAAGUGGACAUCAAAGGUCCAGAUGUUGAUAUUGAGGGCCCUGAAGGCGGAUUCAAAAUGCCAAAAAUCAAAAUGCCAUCAUUUGGAAUUAAGGGUCCGAAGCUUGAAGGUCCUGAUGUUGAUUUAAAUCUACCAAAAGCUGAAGUUGACAUAAAAGGACCAUCAGUAGAUAUCAAGGCACCAGAUCUUGACAUUGAGGGACCUGAGGGAAAAGUGAAAGGUCCAAAAUUCAAGAUGCCAUCAAUUUCUGGUCCAAAGAUCUCCAUGCCUGAUGUGGAUUUCAACCUUAAGGGUCCUAAGGUGAAAGGGGAAGUUGAUGUCUCAGUGCCAAAAGUUGAAGGGGACAUCAAAGCACCUAAAGUGGACAUCAAAGGUCCAGAUGUUGAUAUUGAGGGCCCUGAAGGCGGAUUCAAAAUGCCAAAAAUCAAAAUGCCAUCAUUUGGAAUUAAGGGGCCGAAGCUUGAAGGUCCUGACGUUGAUUUAAAUCUACCAAAAGCUGAAGUUGACAUAAAAGGACCAUCAGUAGAUAUCAAGGCACCAGAUCUUGACAUUGAGGGACCUGAGGGAAAAGUGAAAGGUCCAAAAUUCAAGAUGCCAUCAAUUUCUGGUCCAAAGAUCUCCAUGCCUGAUGUGGAUUUCAACCUUAAGGGUCCUAAGGUGAAAGGGGAAGUUGAUGUCUCAGUGCCAAAAGUUGAAGGGGACAUCAAAGCACCUAAAGUGGACAUCAUAGGUCCAGAUGUUGAUAUUGAGGGCCCUGAAGGUGGAUUCAAAAUGCCAAAAAUCAAAAUGCCAUCAUUUGGAAUGAAGGGUCCGAAGCUUGAAGGUCCUGACGUUGAUUUAAAUCUACCAAAAGCUGAAGUUGACAUAAAAGGACCAUCAGUAGAUAUCAAGGCACCAGAUCUUGACAUUGAAGGACCUGAGGGCAAAGUGAAAGGUCCAAAAUUCAAGAUGCCAUCAAUUUCUGGUCCAAAGAUCUCCAUGCCUGAUGUGGAUUUCAACCUUAAGGGUCCUAAGGUGAAAGGGGAAGUUGAUGUCUCAGUGCCAAAAGUUGAAGGGGACAUCAAAGCACCUAAAGUGGACCUCAAAGGUCCAGAUGUUGAUAUUGAGGGCCCUGAAGGCGGAUUCAAAAUGCCAAAAAUCAAAAUGCCAUCAUUUGGAAUUAAGGGUCCGAAGCUUGAAGGUCCUGACGUUGAUUUAAAUCUACCAAAAGCUGAAGUUGACAUAAAAGGACCAUCAGUAGAUAUCAAGGCACCUGAUCUUGACAUUGAAGGACCCGAGGGCAAAGUGAAAGGUCCAAAAUUCAAGAUGCCAUCAAUUUCUGGUCCAAAGAUCUCCAUGCCUGAUGUGGAUUUCAACCUUAAGGGUCCUAAGGUGAAAGGGGAAGUUGAUGUCUCAGUGCCAAAAGUUGAAGGUGACAUCAAAGCACCUAAAAUGGACAUCAAAGGUCCAGAUGUUGAUAUUGAAGGCCCUGAAGGCGGAUUCAAAAUGCCAAAAAUCAAAAUGCCAUCAUUUGGAAUUAAGGGUCCGAAGCUUGAAGGUCCUGACGUUGAUUUAAAUCUACCAAAAGCUGAAGUUGACAUAAAAGGACCAUCAGUAGAUAUCAAGGCACCUGAUCUUGACAUUGAGGGACCUGAGGGCAAAGUAAAAGGUCCAAAAUUCAAGAUGCCAUCAAUUUCUGGUCCAAAGAUCUCCAUGCCAGAUGUGGAUUUCAACCUUAAGGGCCCUAAGGUGAAAGGAGAAGUUGAUGUUUCAGUGCCAAAGCUUGAAGGGGACAUCAAAGGUCCAGACGUUGAUAUUGAAGGCCCUGAAGGUGGACUCAAAAUGCCAAAAAUCAAAAUGCCAUCAUUUGGAAUGAAGGGCCCGAAGCUUGAAGGUCCUGAUGUUGAUCUGAAUCUUCCAAAAGCUGAAGUUGACAUAAAAGGACCAUCAGUAGAUAUCAAGGCACCUGAUCUUGACAUUGAAGGACCUGAGGGCAAAGUGAAAGGUCCGAAAUUCAAGAUGCCAUCAAUUUCUGGUCCAAAGAUCUCCAUGCCAGAUGUGGAUUUCAACCUUAAGGGUCCUAAGGUGAAAGGGGAAGUUGAUGUCUCAGUGCCAAAGCUUGAAGGUGACAUCAAAGCACCUAAAGUGGACAUCAAAGGUCCAGAGGUUGAUAUUGAGGGCCCUGAAGGCGGAUUCAAAAUGCCAAAAAUCAAAAUGCCAUCAUUUGGAUUUAAAGGUCCAAAGGUUGAAGGUCCUGAUGUUGAUGUUAGUGUUCCAAAAGCUGAAGUUGACAUAAAAGGACCAUCAGUAGAUAUCAAGGCACCAGAUCUUGACAUUGAGGGACCUGAGGGAAAAGUGAAAGGUCCAAAAUUCAAGAUGCCAUCAAUUUCUGGUCCAAAGAUCUCCAUGCCAGAUGUGGAUUUCAACCUUAAGGGCCCUAAGGUGAAAGGAGAAGUUGAUGUUUCAGUGCCAAAGCUUGAAGGGGACAUCAAAGGUCCAGAUGUUGAUAUUGAGGGCCCUGAAGGUGGAUUCAAAAUGCCAAAAAUCAAAAUGCCAUCAUUUGGACUUAAGGGUCCAAAAGUUGAAGGUCCUGAUGUUGAUCUGAAUCUUCCAAAAGCUGAAGUUGACAUAAAAGGACCAUCAGUAGAUAUCAAGGCACCUGAUCUUGACAUUGAAGGACCCGAGGGCAAAGUGAAAGGUCCAAAAUUCAAGAUGCCAUCAAUUUCUGGUCCAAAGAUCUCCAUGCCAGAUGUGGAUUUCAACCUUAAGGGCCCUAAGGUGAAAGGAGAAGUUGAUGUCUCAGUGCCAAAAGUUGAAGGGGACAUCAAAGCACCUAAAAUGGACAUCAAAGGUCCAGAUGUUGAUAUUGAGGGCCCUGAAGGCGGAUUCAAAAUGCCAAAAAUCAAAAUGCCAUCAUUUGGAAUUAAGGGUCCAAAGCUUGAAGGUCCUGACGUUGAUUUAAAUCUACCAAAAGCUGAAGUUGACAUAAAAGGACCAUCAGUAGAUAUCAAGGCACCAGAUCUUGACAUUGAUGGACCUGAGGGCAAAGUAAAAGGUCCAAAAUUCAAGAUGCCAUCAAUUUCUGGUCCAAAGAUCUCCAUGCCAGAUGUGGAUUUCAACCUUAAGGGCCCUAAGGUGAAAGGAGAAGUUGAUGUUUCAGUGCCAAAGCUUGAAGGGGACAUCAAAGGUCCAGACGUUGAUAUUGAAGGCCCUGAAGGUGGACUCAAAAUGCCAAAAAUCAAAAUGCCAUCAUUUGGAAUGAAGGGCCCGAAGCUUGAAGGUCCUGACGUUGAUGUGAAUCUUCCAAAAGCUGAAGUUGACAUAAAAGGACCAUCAGUAGAUAUCAAGGCACCUGAUCUUGACAUUGAAGGACCUGAGGGCAAAGUGAAAGGUCCGAAAUUCAAGAUGCCAUCAAUUUCUGGUCCAAAGAUCUCCAUGCCUGAUGUGGAUUUCAACCUUAAGGGUCCUAAGGUGAAAGGAGAAGUUGAUGUCUCAGUGCCAAAAGUUGAAGGUGACAUCAAAGCACCUAAAUUGGACAUUAAAGGUCCAGAUGUUGAUAUUGAGGGCCCUGAAGGCGGCUUCAAAAUGCCAAAACUCAAAAUGCCAUCAUUUGGACUUAAGGGUCCAAAGGUUGAAGGUCCUGAUGUUGAUCUAAAUCUUCCAAAAGCUGAAGUUGACAUAAAAGGACCAUCAGUAGAUAUCAAGGCACCAGAUCUUGACAUUGAGGGACCUGAGGGAAAAGUGAAAGGUCCAAAAUUCAAGAUGCCAUCAAUUUCUGGUCCAAAGAUCUCCAUGCCAGAUGUGGAUUUUAAUCUUAAGGGCCCUAAGGUGAAAGGAGAAGUUGAUGUUUCAGUGCCAAAGCUUGAAGGGGACAUCAAAGGUCCAGAUGUUGAUAUUGAGGGCCCUGAAGGUGGAUUCAAAAUGCCAAAAAUCAAAAUGCCAUCAUUUGGACUUAAGGGUCCAAAAGUUGAAGGUCCUGACGUUGAUUUAAAUCUACCAAAAGCUGAAGUUGACAUAAAAGGACCAUCAGUAGAUAUCAAGGCACCUGAUCUUGACAUUGAAGGACCCGAGGGCAAAGUGAAAGGUCCAAAAUUCAAGAUGCCAUCAAUUUCUGGUCCAAAGAUCUCCAUGCCAGAUGUGGAUUUCAACCUUAAGGGUCCUAAGGUGAAAGGGGAAGUUGAUGUCUCAGUGCCAAAGCUUGAAGGUGACAUCAAAGCACCUAAAGUGGACAUCAAAGGUCCAGACAUUGAUAUUGAGGGCCCUGAAGGAGGACUCAAAAUGCCAAAAAUCAAAAUGCCAUCAUUUGGACUUAAGGGCCCCAAGCUUGAAGGUCCUGACGUUGAUCUGAAUCUUCCAAAAGCUGAAGUUGACAUAAAAGGACCAUCAGUAGAUAUCAAGGCACCAGAUCUUGACAUUGAGGGACCUGAGGGCAAAGUGAAAGGUCCAAAAUUUAAGAUGCCAUCAAUUUCUGGUCCAAAGAUCUCCAUGCCAGAUGUGGAUUUCAACCUUAAGGGUCCUAAGGUGAAAGGAGAAGUUGAUGUUUCAGUUCCAAAACUUGAAGGAGAUCUACAAGCACCAAAAGUAGACAUUGAAGGCCCAAAUGUUGACAUUGAAGGCCCUGAAGGAGGAUUUAAAAUGCCAAAAAUUAAAAUGCCAUCAUUUGGAAUUAAAGGUUCAAAGGUUGAAGGGCCUGAUGUAGAUGUAAGUCUUCCUAAAGGCGAACUGGAUAUGAAAGGCCCAUCACUAGAUAUCAAGGCACCAGAAGUAGAUAUUGAGGGACCUGACGGAAAACUGAAAGGUCCGAAAUUCAAGAUGCCAUCAAUUUCUGGUCCGAAGAUCUCCAUGCCGGAUGUGGAUUUCAACCUUAAGGGUCCUAAGGUGAAAGGGGAAGUUGAUGUCUCAGUGCCAAAGCUUGAAGGUGACAUCAAAGCACCUAAAGUGGACAUCAAAGGUCCAGACAUUGAUAUUGAGGGCCCUGAAGGAGGACUCAAAAUGCCAAAAAUCAAAAUGCCAUCAUUUGGACUUAAGGGCCCCAAGCUUGAAGGUCCUGACGUUGAUCUGAAUCUUCCAAAAGCUGAAGUUGACAUAAAAGGACCAUCAGUAGAUAUCAAGGCACCAGAUCUUGACAUUGAGGGACCUGAGGGCAAAGUGAAAGGUCCAAAAUUUAAGAUGCCAUCAAUUUCUGGUCCAAAGAUCUCCAUGCCAGAUGUGGAUUUCAAUCUUAAGAGCCCUAAAUUGAAAGGCGAUGUUGAUGUUUCAUUACCAAAAGUUGAAGGGGACAUCAAAGCACCUAAAGUGGACAUAAAAGGUCCAGAGGUUGAUAUUGAGGUUCCAGGGGGAAAAGUCAAGACUCCUAAAGUUGAAAUGGAAGGGACCAAAAUCGACCUUGAAGUUUCAGGAGCUUCAGUCAAGAAAUCUAAGUUUAAAAUGCCAAGAUUUGGAUUGAAAGGUCCCAAAAUGGAAGGGCCAGAUAUUGAUGUUAAAGUUCCAAAAGGUGAUGUCACUGUAGAAGCCAAAAGUCCAGAGGGUGGAUUUAAGAUGCCAAAAUUCAAAAUGCCAAAAUUUGGAUUCAAAUCGUCUAAAGCUGAUAUGCCAAGUAUGGAUGAGUCAGAUGUAAAUGUCAACAUUAAAAGUCCAUCUGUUGACAUAGAGGUUCCAGAAGGAAAAAUCAAAGGUCCUAAAAUCAAUAUGCCAUCUGUCUCAGGGCCAAAUAUUAAUUUGCCUGAUCUGGAUUUUAAUCUUAAAGGCCCGAAAUUAAAGGGGGAUGUGAAUAUCUCGGUUCCCAAAAUUGAAGGUGACCUCAAAGCACCGAAAGUUGAAAUUGAAGGCCCAGAUGUGGAUGUUGAAGGACCAGAGGGUUUGAAGAUGCCAAAAUUCAAAAUGCCAUCAUUUGAGGUGAAAGGGCCAAAAGUUGAGGGCCCUGAUAUUGACUUAAACCUACCAAAAGGAGAUAUUGACGUCAAAGGCCCGAAGAUUGAUAUUAAAAGCCCAGAUAUUGAUGUUGAAGGACCAGAAGGGAAAAUCAAAGGUCCAAAAUUCAAAAUGCCAACUUUAUCGGGUCCAAAGCUCUCAAUGCCUGAUGUGGACUUUAAUCUUAAAGGCCCUAAAUUAAAGGGGGAUGUGGAUAUCUCAGUUCCCAAGAUUGAAGGUGACAUCAGAGCACCGAAAGUUGAAAUUGAAGGCCCAGAUUUGGAUGUUGAAGGAGUAGAGGGUGGUUUGAAAAUGCCAAAAUUUAAAAUGCCAUCAUUUGGGCUCAAAGGUCCAAAAGUUGAGGGCCCUGAUAUUGAUGUAAAUCUACCCAAGACAGAUAUUGAUGUGAAAGGACCCAAGAUUGACAUCCAGAGCCCCGAUAUUGACAUUGAAGGGCCAGAAGGGAAAAUCAAAGGUCCCAAAUUCAAAAUGCCAACCAUAUCUGGUCCAAAGAUCUCCAUGCCUGAUGUGGACUUUAAUCUUAAAGGCCCUAAAUUAAAGGGGGAUGUGGAUAUCUCAGUUCCCAAGAUUGAAGGUGACCUCAAAGCACCAAAAGUUGAAAUUGAAGGUCCAGAUUUUGAUGUUGAAGGCACAGAAGGAGGCUUCAAGAUGCCAAAAUUCAAAAUGCCAUCAUUUGGGGUGAAAGGGCCAAAAAUUGAGGGCCCUGAUAUUGACUUAAACCUACCAAAAGGAGAUGUUGAUGGAAAAGGCCCUAAAAUUGAUAUUAAAAGCCCAGAUAUUGAUGUUGAAUUACCAGAAGGAAAAAUCAAAGGUCCCAAAUUCAAAAUGCCAACCAUAUCUGGUCCAAAGAUCUCAAUGCCUGAUGUGGAUUUAAAUCUGAAAGGACCUAAAAUAAAGGGUGAUAUGGAUGUGUCUGUUCCCAAGAUUGAAGGUGAUAUUAAAGCACCAAAAGUAGACAUUGAAGGUCCAGAUUUUGAUGUAGAAGGCACAGGAGGAGGCUUCAAGAUGCCAAAAUUCAAAAUGCCAUCAUUUGGGGUCAAAGGGCCAAAAUGUGAGGGCCCUGAUAUUGACUUAAACCUACCAAAAGGAGAUAUUGAUGUCAAAGGCCCUAAAAUUGAAAUUAAAAGCCCAGAUAUUGAUGUUGAAGGACCAGAAGGAAAAAUCAAAGGUCCCAAAUUCAAAAUGCCAACCAUAUCUGGUCCAAAGAUCUCAAUGCCUGAUGUGGACUUUAAUCUUAAAGGCCCUAAAUUAAAGGGGGAUGUGGAUAUCUCAGUUCCCAAGAUUGAAGGUGACCUCAAAGCACCGAAAGUGGACAUUGAAGGCCCAGAUGUGGAUGUUGAAGGAGUAGAGGGUGGUUUGAAAAUGCCAAAAUUCAAAAUGCCAUCAUUUGGGCUCAAAGGUCCAAAAGUUGAGGGCCCUGAUAUUGAUGUAAAUCUACCAAAGACAGAUAUUGAUGUGAAAGGACCUAAGAUUGACAUCCAAAGCCCCGAUAUUGACAUUGAAGGGCCAGAAGGGAAAAUCAAAGGUCCCAAAUUCAAAAUGCCAACCAUAUCUGGUCCAAAGAUCUCAAUGCCUGAUGUGGACUUUAAUCUUAAAGGCCCUAAAUUAAAGGGGGAUGUGGAUAUCUCAGUUCCCAAGAUUGAAGGUGACCUUAAAGCACCGAAAGUGGACAUUGAAGGGCCAGAUGUGGAUGUUGAAGGAGUAGAGGGUGGUUUGAAAAUGCCAAAAUUCAAAAUGCCAUCAUUUGGGCUCAAAGGUCCAAAAGUUGAAGGCCCUGAUAUUGAUGUAAAUCUACCCAAGACAGAUAUUGAUGUGAAAGGACCCAAGAUUGACAUCCAGAGCCCAGAUAUUGACAUUGAAGGGCCAGAAGGGAAAAUCAAAGGUCCCAAAUUCAAAAUGCCAACCAUAUCUGGUCCAAAGAUCUCAAUGCCUGAUAUGGAUUUCAAUCUGAAAGGACCUAAAAUAAAGGGUGAUAUGGAUGUGUCUGUUCCCAAGAUUGAAGGUGAUAUUAAAGCACCAAAAGUAGACAUUGAAGGUCCAGAUUUUGAUGUAGAAGGCACAGGAGGAGGCUUCAAGAUGCCAAAAUUCAAAAUGCCAUCAUUUGGGGUGAAAGGGCCAAAAGUUGAGGGCCCCGAUAUUGACUUAAACCUACCAAAAGGAGAUAUUGAUGUCAAAGGCCCUAAAAUUGAUAUUAAAAGCCCAGAUAUUGAUGUUGAAGGACCAGAAGGAAAAAUCAAAGGUCCCAAAUUCAAAAUGCCAACCAUAUCUGGUCCAAAGAUCUCAAUGCCUGAUGUGGAUUUCAAUCUGAAAGGCCCUAAAAUAAAGGGUGAUAUGGAUGUGUCUGUUCCCAAGAUUGAAGGUGAUAUUAAAGCACCAAAAGUGGACAUUGAAGGUCCAGAUUUUGAUCUAGAAGGCACAGGAGGAGGCAUCAAAAUGCCAAAAUUCAAAAUGCCAUCAUUUGGGGUGAAAGGGCCAAAAGUUGAAGGCCCUGAUAUUGACUUAAACCUACCAAAAGGAGAUAUUGAUGUCAAAGGCCCUAAGAUUGAUAUCAAAAGCCCAGAUAUUGAUGUUGAAGGACCAGAAGGGAAAAUCAAAGGUCCCAAAUUCAAAAUGCCAACCAUAUCUGGUCCAAAGAUCUCAAUGCCUGAUAUGGAUUUCAAUCUGAAAGGACCUAAAUUAAAGGGGGAUGUGGAUAUCUCAGUUCCCAAGAUUGAAGGUGACCUUAAAGCACCGAAAGUGGACAUUGAAGGCCCAGAUGUGGAUGUUGAAGGAGUAGAGGGUGGUGUGAAAAUGCCAAAAUUCAAAAUGCCAUCAUUUGGGCUCAAAGGUCCAAAAGUUGAGGGCCCUGAUAUUGAUGUUAAUCUACCAAAGACAGAUAUUGAUGUGAAAGGACCCAAGAUUGACAUCCAAAGCCCCGAUAUUGACAUUGAAGGGCCAGAAGGGAAAAUCAAAGGUCCCAAAUUCAAAAUGCCAACCAUAUCUGGUCCAAAGAUCUCAAUGCCUGAUAUGGAUUUCCAUCUGAAAGGACCUAAAAUAAAGGGUGAUAUGGAUGUGUCUGUUCCUAAGAUUGAAGGUGAUAUUAAAGCACCAAAAGUAGACAUUGAAGGUCCAGAUUUUGAUGUAGAAGGCACAGGAGGAGGCUUCAAGAUGCCAAAAUUCAAAAUGCCAUCAUUUGGGGUGAAAGGGCCAAAAGUUGAGGGCCCCGAUAUUGACUUAAACCUACCAAAAGGAGAUAUUGAUGUCAAAGGCCCUAAAAUUGAUAUUAAAAGCCCAGAUAUUGAUGUUGAAGGACCAGAAGGAAAAAUCAAAGGUCCCAAAUUCAAAAUGCCAACCAUAUCUGGUCCAAAGAUCUCAAUGCCUGAUGUGGAUUUCAAUCUGAAAGGCCCUAAAAUAAAGGGUGAUAUGGAUGUGUCUGUUCCCAAGAUUGAAGGUGAUAUUAAAGCACCAAAAGUGGACAUUGAAGGUCCAGAUUUUGAUCUAGAAGGCACAGGAGGAGGCAUCAAAAUGCCAAAAUUCAAAAUGCCAUCAUUUGGGGUGAAAGGGCCAAAAGUUGAAGGCCCUGAUAUUGACUUAAACCUACCAAAAGGAGAUAUUGAUGUCAAAGGCCCUAAGAUUGAUAUCAAAAGCCCAGAUAUUGAUGUUGAAGGACCAGAAGGGAAAAUCAAAGGUCCCAAAUUCAAAAUGCCAACCAUAUCUGGUCCAAAGAUCUCAAUGCCUGAUAUGGAUUUCAAUCUGAAAGGACCUAAAUUAAAGGGGGAUGUGGAUAUCUCAGUUCCCAAGAUUGAAGGUGACCUUAAAGCACCGAAAGUGGACAUUGAAGGCCCAGAUGUGGAUGUUGAAGGAGUAGAGGGUGGUGUGAAAAUGCCAAAAUUCAAAAUGCCAUCAUUUGGGCUCAAAGGUCCAAAAGUUGAGGGCCCUGAUAUUGAUGUAAAUCUACCAAAGACAGAUAUUGAUGUGAAAGGACCCAAGAUUGACAUCCAAAGCCCCGAUAUUGACAUUGAAGGGCCAGAAGGGAAAAUCAAAGGUCCCAAAUUCAAAAUGCCAACCAUAUCUGGUCCAAAGAUCUCAAUGCCUGAUAUGGAUUUCAAUCUGAAAGGACCUAAAAUAAAGGGUGAUAUGGAUGUGUCUGUUCCCAAGAUUGAAGGUGAUAUUAAAGCACCAAAAGUAGACAUUGAAGGUCCAGAUUUUGAUGUAGAAGGCACAGGAGGAGGCUUCAAGAUGCCAAAAUUCAAAAUGCCAUCAUUUGGGGUGAAAGGGCCAAAAGUUGAAGGCCCCGAUAUUGACUUAAACCUACCAAAAGGAGAUAUUGAUGUCAAAGGCCCUAAGAUUGAUAUCAAAAGCCCAGAUAUUGAUGUUGAAGGACCAGAAGGAAAAAUCAAAGGUCCCAAAUUCAAAAUGCCAACCAUAUCUGGUCCAAAGAUCUCAAUGCCUGAUGUGGACUUUAAUCUUAAAGGCCCUAAAUUAAAGGGGGAUGUGGAUAUCUCAGUUCCCAAGAUUGAAGGUGACCUUAAAGCACCGAAAGUGGACAUUGAAGGCCCAGAUGUGGAUGUUGAAGGAGUAGAGGGUGGUUUGAAAAUGCCAAAAUUCAAAAUGCCAUCAUUUGGGCUCAAAGGUCCAAAAGUUGAGGGCCCUGAUAUUGAUGUAAAUCUACCAAAGACAGAUAUUGAUGUGAAAGGACCCAAGAUUGACAUCCAAAGCCCCGAGUUUGACAUUGAAGGGCCAGAAGGGAAAAUCAAAGGUCCCAAAUUCAAAAUGCCAACCAUAUCUGGUCCAAAGAUCUCAAUGCCUGAUAUGGAUUUCAAUCUGAAAGGACCUAAAAUAAAGGGUGAUAUGGAUGUGUCUGUUCCCAAGAUUGAAGGUGAUAUUAAAGCACCAAAAGUAGACAUUGAAGGUCCAGAUUUUGAUGUAGAAGGCACAGGAGGAGGCUUCAAGAUGCCAAAAUUCAAAAUGCCAUCAUUUGGGGUGAAAGGGCCAAAAGUUGAAGGCCCCAAUAUUGACUUAAACCUACCAAAAGGAGAUAUUGAUGUCAAAGGCCCUAAAAUUGAUAUCAAAAGCCCAGAUAUUGGUGUUGAAGGACCAGAAGGGAAAAUCAAAGGUCCCAAAUUCAAAAUGCCAACCAUAUCUGGUCCAAAGAUCUCAAUGCCUGAUGUGGACUUUAAUCUUAAAGGCCCUAAAUUAAAGGGGGAUGUGGAUAUCUCAGUUCCCAAGAUUGAAGGUGACCUUAAAGCACCAAAAGUGGACAUUGAAGGCCCAGAUGUGGAUGUUGAAGGAGUAGAGGGUGGUGUGAAAAUGCCAAAAUUCAAAAUGCCAUCAUUUGGGCUCAAAGGUCCAAAAGUUGAGGGCCCUGAUAUUGAUGUAAAUCUACCAAAGACAGAUAUUGAUGUGAAAGGACCCAAGAUUGACAUCCAAAGCCCCGAUAUUGACAUUGAAGGGCCAGAAGGGAAAAUCAAAGGUCCCAAAUUCAAAAUGCCAACCAUAUCUGGUCCAAGGAUCUCAAUGCCUGAUGUGGAUUUCAAUCUGAAAGGACCUAAAAUAAAGGGUGAUAUGGAUGUCUCUGUUCCCAAGAUUGAAGGUGAUAUUAAAGCACCAAAAGUAGACAUUGAAGGUCCAGAUUUUGAUGUAGAAGGCACAGGAGGAGGCUUCAAGAUGCCAAAAUUCAAAAUGCCAUCAUUUGGGGUGAAAGGGCCAAAAGUUGAGGGCCCCGAUAUUGACUUAAACCUACCAAAAGGAGAUAUUGAUGUCAAAGGCCCUAAAAUUGAUAUUAAAAGCCCAGAUAUUGAUGUUGAAGGACCAGAAGGGAAAAUCAAAGGUUCCAAAUUCAAAAUGCCAACCAUAUCUGGUCCAAAGAUCUCAAUGCCUGAUGUGGACUUUAAUCUUAAAGGCCCUAAAUUAAAGGGGGAUGUGGAUAUCUCAGUUCCCAAGAUUGAAGGUGACCUUAAAGCACCGAAAGUGGACAUUGAAGGACCAGAUGUGGAUGUUGAAGGAGUAGAGGGUGGUUUGAAAAUGCCAAAAUUCAAAAUGCCAUCAUUUGGGCUCAAAGGUCCAAAAGUUGAGGGCCCUGAUAUUGAUGUAAAUCUACCCAAGACAGAUAUAGAUGUGAAAGGACCCAAGAUUGACAUCCAGAGCCCCGAUAUUGACAUUGAAGGGCCAGAAGGGAAAAUCAAAGGUCCCAAAUUCAAAAUGCCAACCAUAUCUGGUCCAAAGAUCUCAAUGCCUGAUGUGGAUUUCAAUCUGAAAGGACCUAAAAUAAAGGGUGAUAUGGAUGUCUCUGUUCCCAAGAUUGAAGGUGAUAUUAAAGCACCAAAAGUAGACAUUGAAGGUCCAGAUUUUGAUGUAGAAGGCACAGGAGGAGGCUUCAAGAUGCCAAAAUUCAAAAUGCCAUCAUUUGGGGUGAAAGGGCCAAAAGUUGAGGGCCCCGAUAUUGACUUAAACCUACCAAAAGGAGAUAUUGAUGUCAAAGGCCCUAAAAUUGAAAUUAAAAGCCCAGAUAUUGAUGUUGAAGGACCAGAAGGGAAAAUCAAAGGUUCCAAAUUCAAAAUGCCAACCAUAUCUGGUCCAAAGAUCUCAAUGCCUGAUGUAGACUUUAAUCUUAAAGGCCCUAAAUUAAAGGGGGAUGUGGAUAUCUCAGUUCCCAAGAUUGAAGGUGACCUUAAAGCACCGAAAGUGGACAUUGAAGGCCCAGAUGUGGAUGUUGAAGGAGUAGAGGGUGGUUUGAAAAUGCCAAAAUUCAAAAUGCCAUCAUUUGGGCUCAAAGGUCCAAAAGUUGAGGGCCCUGAUAUUGAUGUAAAUCUACCAAAGACAGAUAUUGAUGUGAAAGGACCCAAGAUUGACAUCCAAAGCCCCAAUAUUGACAUUGAAGGGCCAGAAGGGAAAAUCAAAGGUUCCAAAUUCAAAAUGCCAACUAUAUCUGGUCCAAAGAUCUCAAUGCCUGAUGUGGAUUUAAAUCUGAAAGGACCUAAAAUAAAGGGUGAUAUGGAUGUGUCUGUUCCCAAGAUUGAAGGUGAUAUUAAAGCACCAAAAGUAGACAUUGAAGGUCCAGAUUUUGAUGUAGAAGGCACAGGAGGAGGCUUCAAGAUGCCAAAAUUCAAAAUGCCAUCAUUUGGGGUCAAAGGGCCAAAAUGUGAGGGCCCUGAUAUUGACUUAAACCUACCAAAAGGAGAUAUUGAUGUCAAAGGCCCUAAAAUUGAAAUUAAAAGCCCAGAUAUUGAUGUUGAAGGACCAGAAGGAAAAAUCAAAGGUCCCAAAUUCAAAAUGCCAACCAUAUCUGGUCCAAAGAUCUCAAUGCCUGAUGUGGACUUUAAUCUUAAAGGCCCUAAAUUAAAGGGGGAUGUGGAUAUCUCAGUUCCCAAGAUUGAAGGUGACCUCAAAGCACCGAAAGUGGACAUUGAAGGCCCAGAUGUGGAUGUUGAAGGAGUAGAGGGUGGUUUGAAAAUGCCAAAAUUCAAAAUGCCAUCAUUUGGGCUCAAAGGUCCAAAAGUUGAGGGCCCUGAUAUUGAUGUAAAUCUACCAAAGACAGAUAUUGAUGUGAAAGGACCUAAGAUUGACAUCCAAAGCCCCGAUAUUGACAUUGAAGGGCCAGAAGGGAAAAUCAAAGGUCCCAAAUUCAAAAUGCCAACCAUAUCUGGUCCAAAGAUCUCAAUGCCUGAUGUGGACUUUAAUCUUAAAGGCCCUAAAUUAAAGGGGGAUGUGGAUAUCUCAGUUCCCAAGAUUGAAGGUGACCUUAAAGCACCGAAAGUGGACAUUGAAGGGCCAGAUGUGGAUGUUGAAGGAGUAGAGGGUGGUUUGAAAAUGCCAAAAUUCAAAAUGCCAUCAUUUGGGCUCAAAGGUCCAAAAGUUGAAGGCCCUGAUAUUGAUGUAAAUCUACCCAAGACAGAUAUUGAUGUGAAAGGACCCAAGAUUGACAUCCAGAGCCCAGAUAUUGACAUUGAAGGGCCAGAAGGGAAAAUCAAAGGUCCCAAAUUCAAAAUGCCAACCAUAUCUGGUCCAAAGAUCUCAAUGCCUGAUAUGGAUUUCAAUCUGAAAGGACCUAAAAUAAAGGGUGAUAUGGAUGUGUCUGUUCCCAAGAUUGAAGGUGAUAUUAAAGCACCAAAAGUAGACAUUGAAGGUCCAGAUUUUGAUGUAGAAGGCACAGGAGGAGGCUUCAAGAUGCCAAAAUUCAAAAUGCCAUCAUUUGGGGUGAAAGGGCCAAAAGUUGAGGGCCCCGAUAUUGACUUAAACCUACCAAAAGGAGAUAUUGAUGUCAAAGGCCCUAAAAUUGAUAUUAAAAGCCCAGAUAUUGAUGUUGAAGGACCAGAAGGAAAAAUCAAAGGUCCCAAAUUCAAAAUGCCAACCAUAUCUGGUCCAAAGGUCUCAAUGCCUGAUGUGGAUUUAAAUCUGAAAGGACCUAAAAUAAAGGGUGAUAUGGAUGUGUCUGUUCCCAAGAUUGAAGGUGAUAUUAAAGCACCAAAAAUAGACGUUGAAGGUCCAGAUUUUGAUCUAGAAGGCACAGGAGGAGGCAUCAAAAUGCCAAAAUUCAAAAUGCCAUCAUUUGGGGUGAAAGGGCCAAAGGUUGAGGGCCCUGAUGUUGAUUUAAAUCUACCAAAGGGAAAAAUUGAUGUCAAAGGCCCUAAGAUUGAUAUGAAAAGCCCAGAUGUUGACAUUCAAGGAACAGAAGGCAAAAUCAAAGGGCCCACAUUUAAAAUGCCAACCUUAUCUGGUCCAGACAUCUCAAUACCUGAUAUGGACUUCAAUCUUAAAGGCCCUAAGUUAAAAGGAGAAGUGGAUAUCUCAGUUCCCAAGAUUGAAGGUGACAUCAAAACACCAAAAGUACAAAUUGAAGGCCCAGAUGUGGACAUUGAAGGACCAGGAGGUGGUUUGAAGAUGCCAAAAAUCAAAAUGCCAUCAUUUGGCCUCAAAAGUCCAAAAGGUGAAGGCCCUGAUAUUGAUAUAAAUCUGCCAAAGGGAGAUAUUGAUGUGAAAGGCCCUAAUAUCGAUAUCAAAAGCCCAGAUAUUGACAUUGAAGGACCAGAAAGCAAUAUCAGAGGUCCCAAAUUCAAAAUGCCAACCAUAUCCGGUCCAAAGAUCGCAAUGCCCGACAUGGAUUUCAAUCUUAAAGGCCCUAAAAUAAAGGGGGAUGUUGAUUUGUCUGUUCCCAAGAUUGAAGGUGACAUUAAGGCACCCAAAAUUGACAUUGAAGGACCUAAUAUCAAUAUGGAGGGAGCAGGUUUUAAUAUCCCCAAAAUCAAAGUGCCAUCCUUUGGAAUUAAGGGGCCAAUAGUGGAUUCUGAUGCUGAAGUAAAUGUUCCCAAAGUUGAAGCUGAUAUAAAAGGACCAGUCGUGGAUAUCAAAGGGCCGAAGAUUGGCAAGGGUCUCGAAGGCCCUGAUGUGGACAUCCAUUUGAAGGGAAAGAAAGGUAAAUUGAAAGUGCCCAAGGUGAAAGGAAAGAUGAAGACUGAUCUUAAUGUUGAUUCUAAAACUGGCAAUGUUGAGCUAUCUGCAGACUCACCUGACUUGCAUCUCAAAGGACCUAAGGUUAAGAAGCCAUUGUUUGGAAAGUUACAUUUUCCUGAUGUGGAAUUUGACAUCAAAUCCCCAAAGGUUAAAGGAGGUGGUUCAGUGUCUGGAAAUUCAAAAUCAGUUGAAUUUGAUUCAUCACCUGGGAGUCUUAAAGCAGAUAUACCAGGAGUUGAUAUUCAGUCACCAAAUGUUAGCUUGGAGGGCCCAGACAUCAAAGCUAAAAAAUCCAAAAUCAAAAUGCCAAAGUUAAUGUCAGGUACAAAGGUCAAAUCUGCUGAUGUUGAUGUCAAUAUUCCGAAGCUACAAUCACCUGAAAUGAGUAUGAACCUGGGUGCUUCUGAUGCUAGGUUAGAAGGGCAAGGCAUAAAAGUUAAGGGCAGUUUGACAGACCCUGAGAUAAAAGGGACCUUUGAAGGUAGAGUGAAGGGGCACACAGAUACAGAAGGCUUUAAAGCAGAAGGAUUUCAAGGUGUAGAGCUGAAUAUGCCAACUGCAAAGCUUAAAGUACCCCAUGUAAGUUCUUCAGAUAAGAAAACAGGAGAAAUAGGCAUGCAUACAGAUGUUGCAGACUCAAGUACAAUAGAGUAUACGGAGGGUAAUGUAACCUUUCCUAAGAUUAAAGUGCCAAAAUUUGGAAUAGCUUUGCCUCAGAUAGAAGGAAGGGAGAUGGGUGUGGAUGUAGGGUCAGGAGAAUUAACCGCUAGUGGUAAUGUUAGUUCAAAUCUGGAGGUGCCAUGUCCAGAUUUAAAAAGCAGUGGUGGGAAAGUCAAAGUCAAAAAGCCACGAUUCUUUGGCAAGUCUAAAGCUAAGGGUGGAAGUGCAGCUGAUCUUACCUUUCAGGGACCUGAAGUUGAAGGUACAGUUGAGGGGGGUGCCAAAGUGUCUAAAGGAUUAAGUGCAAGUUCUGGGGAGCUUAUAGGUGGAAAGAUGGUAGAGGGGAGUUCUGGUUUAAAAAUUUCACCUAAGAGUAAAUCUGCUUCACUUGAUCUUUACAAGAAAUCAAAGCACCGUUCUUCAUCACUCAGUGAUGAAGGAGAACUUGCUUCCCCCUCUUCUGUAGAAGGGCAUUUACAGACAGAAGGUGGUAACAUUUCAAUGGAUGUUGGAGGGGCUAAAGUGAAAGGCAAAAAAGGAGUGCUGAAGUUUGGCACAUUUGGUGGGUUUGGCUCAAAAUCCAAGGGUUCAUAUGAAGUGACACUUGGAGAAGAUAGUGAAGCAAGGAUUGAAGGAGCUGGAGUUGUUUCCCCUUCCAAGAAGUCUAGAGUGUCAUCAUCAUCUAGCAGUGAUAGUGUUUCAAAGGGUGGUUUUCGCUUCCCAAGGGUUGAACUUGCUGUUUCACCAAAGAAAUAAUGUUACAAGAAAUAAUAAUAAGUUGUGAUAUAAUUAAAAGGCACUAUUGUUUUGCCUUUCUAUAUGCUAUGAAUUCACAUACACUCUAAUGCUUUAUACUAGACAGCUACUUUAUAAGCCUCAUCUAACUACAGUGCACUGUCAUAAAUGUAGACAUUUUGUCUAGUUUUCCUUUUAGCAUUCCAAAUAAUAGUCCUUUCAUUUUGCUGGGGUACAUGUCAUGUCUUUUAACUGUAAAUAAGAGAAAUCUGUAAUUUUCAUUAUCACUUGUAAAUAGAAAAAAAAAAAAAAGUCUACCAUCACAUUUUCUAUCCACUACCACAGAAAUGUUGAAAUGGCAUAUUUGCAUCUGAUUUUUAACACUUUUUUGUGAUAUGAUAAUUAUAUUUUUGUAUUUGUUAAUCUUUAGGGGAAAUGGUUUAGCAAGCAUCUGUCAAAUAUUAUCUCUAUUGUUAUUUUACUGUUAACAGGAUGUAUGUGCCUUUCAUAUAUUGUUUCAUCAAAACAAACAAACCCAGAACAUUUAUUGUGUGAGAUUUUAUAAUUUUGAAAUCAAUUCUGUAUAAUACUUAAAAGAGACAGUUCAUCCAAAUGACAUUUUAUAUUUUAGAUCUGUAAAAAUGUAAAUAAACUGCUGAUACUCUUUAAUAAAUUGGGAAUUAUCCUUUUAGCACCAAAAAAACCAAUAAGCCAAAAUCUAUACAAACAUUUUUAAAUAAUUUAUAUCUGAUGAGGCUGUGAACUUCCACAAAUCAGUAAACCAAAACAGCUUAUCAGUCAUUACUCUUUUAAUGUACACUUGCUGUCCCCCAGUGCACCAUAUCACCCCCACCUCUUCUCUCUCUCUCUCUCUCUCUCUCUCUCUCUCUCUCUCUCUCAAUCUCCUUUGUCCCUGUGAAUGGCUGUGCUGGAAUUUGUUCAUUUUUGAUUCACUGUCAUCUGCAAAAUCAAAUAAAGUAUUCAGUUAUCA